CGUUUUUCUGUUUGUCCGCAGGUGUCACACGGACAAGACCAGAGACAAGCUGUAGGAACUGAGGGCCGAGUGCUGUUGGAUGAGUGGUCAGAGAGGCCAACACAGACAUACUCUCCCCCAGUCAGAGAGCUGAGAGCUGGGCCGCGGUGAUGCUCACACUCCCCUGGUGCUCACCUGAAAGACCCACACACACCCGGAUCAGCGCAGAGCUGGAUGGAGCCCCACACAGCCUGGGCUGGAACACCCGCACCUAGACUAGGACAGACACACGUUCCUUACAGCGGAACUUCUUAGAGAUCACUUCCUGUCGAGAAAAAAACCCUUAGGCGGUCGGUGUGGAUGAGGAGCGCGUGUCCCACCUGUGGUUAUUUGGGAUCUGUGCUCGACCUGGCCUCGCAGGUGUGCCGGACACCUGUCUCUUCUUCUAGUCGGCAGAGCAGAGCUCAGGUGGGAGGACUCGGCUGAGAAGGAGACGCUCUGAUAGGCAGCCAGCCGAGGGGACGGAGAGGACAGACGUUCAGAGAGGGGCCGCGGUCCGAGUCCGAGGCGCCAUGCAAUCCGACGACCUCUUCAUCCGCAAGUUUCGCCGGCAGAGCCCGCGCCCCCCGCUGGCAACCGUGACCUUCGACCCAAAGCGCGACGGGGGCGUGCGGACACGCGUGGUGGAGUGGCCCCCCAGGAGGGAGGGCGAGGGGGCGGACGGGGAGGGCCUGCCCCCCGGCUGCGUGGGCCUGAACCUGCGCUCCGUGGGCCGGGCACACAUCAUGCAGCGCAGCAACAGCGACGUGACUCUCGGGGACCUGGACUCCUCCGGGAAGGCUGGGGGGAAGGCAGCGCGGGCCGGGGGGGAGAUGGCCGGCUCGGGGGCCCAGGGGGACUCGGGGGUGGUGCUGCACAGGGAGUACGGCAGCCUCUCCUCCCUGGAGAGACAGACUCAGAUCCAGGAGGCGAGAGCUGAAGACCAGGGGCCUCUGAGCCCCAGCGCCCAGCGCUUCAAAGAUCCCUUCAUGCUUCUGGGCCUCCAGGGGGCCCCUCCAGAGCCAGACGGAUUCUUCCGGGCGCUAUCCCUCCCUACCGGGGACACCCCCAAACCAGCCAAGCCCCCUAAACCCGAAGGUCUGAGCAAGAAGGCCAAGGCCACGCCCUCUCAACCCCCGCAGCCCGGUCCCUACGACAACCUGGGGGGAGGGGCCUGGGUGAGGAACUUCGCCCACUACGACGUCCAGAGCAUCCUGUUCGACCUGACGGAGGUGGCCAGCAACCGCGACAGCAUCGGACGCAAGAAGAACAUCACGUCCGGCGCCUCGGCCGCGUCGCAGCUGCGCCCGCUCUCCCAGGCCACGCCCUCCUCGCCGGCGCAGGGCGGGGCGGCGGGGUCGGGGGUCACGGAGGACCCGGAGCAGGCCCUGCUGGACGAGGGCGACGGCAACGACAACGAACUGCUGCUCAGCUGCCCUCACUUCCGGAACGAGAUGGGGGGCGAGGAGCGGGCGGGGCUGGGGCGGGGCCGGGGCCGGGGGGGGCUGUGGCUGGGGCUGAGGAACCCUAACGACGCGGUGUCCGUUCUGGAGGAACCCAGAGAGAGCCACGUCCAGCAGCAGGGCAAGAGCAACUACUUCAUAGAACACGCCGACCUCGGGGCCCACUACUACCGCAAAUACUUCUACAUGAAAGACCACCAGAACUUUUUUGGCAUGGACGACCGUCUGGGGCCGGUGGCCAUCAGCUUCCGCAGGGAGGAGAAGGAAGGUUCUAGCGGAGCGCAGUACAACUACAGGAUCAUCUUCAGAACCACAGAGCUGAAAACGCUCCGAGGCUCCAUCCUGGAGGAGUCGGUGCCAUCGGCAGCGCGCCACACCACUCCCCGCGGCCUGUCGCCCAAGCGGCUGCUGGAGUUCAUCAUCCCGGAGCUCAACCUGCACUGCCUGCGCCUGGCCUCCACCUCGCCCAAGGUCCGCGACACGCUGCUCAAGCUGGACGAGCAGGGGCUGAACUUCCAGAGGAAGGUGGGCGUGAUGUACUGCCGCGCGGGCCAGAGUUCAGAGGAGGACAUGUACAACAACGAGAGCUCCGGGCCCGCCUUCGAGGAGUUCCUGGACCUGCUGGGGGAGCGCGUGCAGCUUGAAGGGCUGGAGAAAUACAGAGCUCAGCUGGACACCAAGACGGACUCAACAGGGACACUCCUCUACACACGCUACCUGGACUACGAGAUCAUGUUCCAUGUGUCUACAAUGCUGCCCUACACGUCUAACAACACACAACAGCUGCUGAGGAAGAGACACAUCGGGAACGACAUUGUGACCAUGGUGUUCCAGGAGCCGGGAGCGCUGCCCUUCACCCCCAAAGCCUCCGCUCACCACCUCCAGCACGUGUUCAUCAUCGUGCAGGUCCACGAGCCCUGCACCGACCACACCUUCUACCGGGUGGCAGUGACGCGUUCCAAAGACAUCCCGUUGUUCGGCCCCCUGUUCCCGAAGGGCGCCGUGUUCCCCCGCUCCCUCGCCUUCCGCGACUUCCUGCUCGCCAAGGCGGUGAACGCCGAGAACGCCGCCGAGAAGUCGGAGAAGUUCCGCUCCAUGGCCACGCGCACGCGCCAGGAGUACCUGAAGGACCUGGCGGAGAACUACGUCACCACCACGCCCAUCGACUCCUCCACCAAGUUCCCGCUCCUCUCGCUGGGCAGCAAGCGCAAGGACAAGCUGAAGGGCGCCAAGGGGGCGGAGCUGCACAGCGCGGCGGCCCUGGUGUGGGCCGUGCUGGCCUCCAGCAGGAGGAGGGCCAGGAGGGGGCAGGUCGAUGGCCUGUCUCCAAGGGGCUUGCAGUGGGGACGAGUGGCAGACCGAGGCCCAGAAGCUGCCCUGUCUGCUGGGGGUGUCGGCGGAGUCGGUGGUGCUCAUCGAGAGAUACACGCGGAGGGUGGUGUUCAACUGCUGCUGCCGCGAUGUGAUUGGGCUGGAAGGCGGUGACGGAGAGCAGGGCGGAAGGGGGCCUUGUCUGGAUAUCUUCUACGAGAGGGGGGAGGCGGUGUCAAUCAGCGUUAUGGAGAGCCAGGUGGAGGAGAUACGAGAAGUGG